AAAAUCCUUGAAAUUUUAGCCAAACAUGCUUCUGCCAGUGAAUUCCUCUGUUAUGCGUGUCAGAAAGAUUUAUUACAGACCUCUGCAGGAAAAUAUCCAGCCUGUAACUCAACACAGUUAUCCCAGCUGAUUCCUUAAUUUUAGCUGUCAGAGACUUUACGUGAAUGCCUCCACAGACUGAAUUUUAUAAACCACAGCCUGCCAAUAGGAUUCAGGCUGCGCUGUCUCUGGGAGUGGAAGCCUGAGCUGAUCAACACCUCAGAGGGAGGUUUCAGCGUGUUCAGGCAAGACACAUUGCCUCACUUUGCAUUUUCUUCAUCCGUAUUCUGGAAAGAAAUCUCAGAACACCUCUAAUUGCCACAAGUGCCUGACAUUUUGAAGUGUACUCUCGUCUUAUCUCCACAAUGGCUCAUUAAUAGAAGUUUAACUGAAGUUAAAUGAGAAUGCAGGACAAGGCCAACGCAGAUUCAGAAAAGAGAUCAGUGGGAGAGAUCAGUGAUCAACAUCAUCUGCAGUCUCAAGGCGAGAGGAAAGCAGUGCAGACGAGAACGUUCACCAGGUGGAUGAAUGUGUUUCUGCAGAGAAGUGAUCCUCCAGUUGCAGUGCGAGACCUGUUCACAGACAUUCAGGAUGGCAGAAUACUGAUGGCUUUGCUGGAGCAGCUGUCUGGGUGCAAACUACUUUACAGGUACAGGUCGUCUCCGCACCGGAUUUUCAGACUGAACAACAUUUCUAAGGCCCUGGCUUUCCUUGAUGAUAGACAUGUGAAGCUGCUAGGCAUCGAUGCCUCUAGUAUUGCUGAUGGCAUCCCUUCUGUUGUUCUAAAUCUUGUCUGGAACAUCAUCCUGUAUUUCCAGGUAAAGCAAGUGACAGGAGGCCUUCAGAGGCAUUUGUCUGCUAGCCUCUCCUCCUUAUCAAUGAACAGUUUCUCCUCCACCAGUGACCUCUCACCACAGUCAAAUGACAUUGGCAGCUAUUCCUGCAACACCCUGCCAAGCAAAGGCAGAAAGGCUGCCAGGGAGCCAAAGUACCAUGGGAAAGCAAUCAAGACUCUGCUGCAGUGGGUCCAAAAAUGCACAUCAAAGUUUGGGGUGGAGGUGCAUGACUUUGGGAAGAGCUGGAGGUGUGGGCUGGCAUUCCUAGCUUUGAUUAAGGCCAUAAACCCAGCCUUAGUUGACCUGAGGGAGAGCCUUUCUAGAGAGCCAAGGGAAAACAUCCAGGUGGCUUUCAAGAUAGCCCAUCACAGUUUGGAUAUACCUCCUCUGCUGGAGCCUGAAGAUGUGACAUGUACUUCACCUGACGAGCAGUCUAUCAUAACCUAUGUGUCUAUGUUCCUGGGACACCAUGACACAGGCGUGGAUGAGGAUCGUACAAGUCGUAUUGAAGUUCCUGAGAUCCCAAAUUUUGAAUCAUUUGAUUCAGUUGGCUUUGGGGAGACCCUUGCUGAUGACCCAGAAACACAAGCUUUGUUCAGCAGCCUGGAGAAGAGCAGUGAGCAGUUACUGUGGAAAAAGUGGGCCAGAAGACCCUCAGGGAGACCCCGUGUCACCUCACUUCACACAAGUGGAGCUUCUGGCCUCUCCUCCAGCAGCGGUGACAUCUUUUCAUCCUGUCGCAGCCAAAGCAUCACUGAACAACCUGUGGGCAGUGCUGCCAUAUCACCAUUCAGCAAAAAGAAAAGCAGAUCUUUAGGCAUUUUAAAGCCACCCAGUCCACUGGAUGUGGACAUUGUUAGCCAGGAGAUCAGGUCAUGGAUGGAGACACCAUCUGUAGAUCAGGACUACAGCGAGCCGAGAAGGGGUGAAAGUCACUUUUCUUUGAGCUCUGAGGAAGGAAUCUACAGUUUGUCAGCACUGGAUUCAGAUGAGGAGGAGGCCUACAGCUACAUCCUGGAUCUGAAUAAAGAGGUUUUUCAACCAUAUAUUCAGCUCAAGAGACAAGUGCCAAUGGUUGGAGAGGAAGAAGCAGAAGAAAUAUUCCUGAAUGGAUGGCAGACUGAAGAGUCAAAACAUCAAGAAUUAUGUCAGAUGUUAAAUGGCACUGGAUGUAAACGGAAAGAAGGCUCACUUGCACAAAAUGUUGAAUCAGAAGUCAGGGCUCAGUCUGAGGUUCAUGGGAUGUCUGAUUGGAAUGAGAAUGAAAGUAGUUUCAGUGAGAUGGUAAACAAUGCAGCAGUGUUUGACAUGGAGCCAGAAGAAGAAAGCAAAAGCAGACAGGGACGUGAGGAGGAAAGAGCUGUCAGAGGACAGAGUCAUGAUGAUGGUGAUUACUGUGAGGAAGAGAGAAAGAAGGAAAAGACAGAAAAUGGGAGAGUGGUUAUUCAUGGAUACGAUAAAACAGAGGCUCUGGUAGAUGAAACCAAGAGAACAGCACUUUUUGAAGUGGAUAGUUGGAAGAAAGAACUUGAGGAAAAAACUGAGAGAGGGCUUUUUGAAAAAUGUGCACACAAAGAAGAGGAAGACAAUUUGAUGGCAUUUGAGGGGGGGCAGGACAGACAGUUAAAGGAAAUAAAGGAGGAAGAGGAUAGUAUGAAGGAGGAAGACAGCGAAAAUCAGCAAAGUAUUGGGCAGGAUGUAUGUGAACUCAGAGGAGCUGGUGCAACUAGAAUUAACCCUGAAGAAGAAAAUGACAGGACUGUCAGCACCCCUAAAACGGAAGAUGUGACUUGUAAAGAUGAAGACAAGGAAAAAUGCACAGAGGAAGUCAAAAUUGCGAAGGAUUUUGAGGCGCUUGUAACAGUAGAGGAGAAGAACAGAGAGAGUAAGAUUAAGAGAUGUGAAGUGACUGACAAGAAGGCAACAACAAUAGACCCUACUGGCAAGACUGCUCCCAGAAAUGACACUUGUGGAGGACUUAACAUCCAUAGUGCUCAUACCAGGUUGACUCCUGCCCAUAAUGCAACUUCUCAGUCAUUCAGACAGGGAGGAUUCAUUCUUCAGUCUUUAGCAGUCCCUUGCAAUGUAACCCCAUUAGAGCUGGAAAUGCUCUUGGCCCUGUGGAUUCUCCUCUAUUGCUACUUCAUCUUACCUCAGAUAAUCCUCUGAGUCCCCCAGCAGUAAGAUAUGCUUAUUAGCCCAGUUUCCAUGAAUGAGCCAAACAUGGACAGUUAUGGCUGGGUUGACUCUUUAUUUGUGUCACUAAAUUUCCCUUAAGGCAGAAUUUAAUGAUUAUGUUUGCUUUUUGCUGCCAGCAGAAAUUCCAAAUGUCAUUUGGACGAUCAGAUGAACACAAAUUGCUUCUACUCUCAUCAUUACACAUUUUUCAGCUACUUGCUCAACAAUAAACAUGAUAUGAGACAUAAUUUAUUUUGUGUUUUUGCUGAAUGCAUUUCCAAAAUGCUCUGUUUAUUUGAUUUAGAUUUCUUACAAAAAGCCUUUUACGAUCAGUGGAUGUCAUCAACCACAUGGGGGCACUGCAGCAUCACAACAGCAACUGUCUCAUACAGCAGCCUCCUGCGUUUGCAUUGCUUGCUGAGAAUCCCAUAUGACCUGCUGUUUAAUUACAAGCUAUAUUGACAUGGGGAGAUUAAGCUGAUAAUAUUUCACGAGCACUUUGACAUUUCGUAGACUCUCGCUGUGCCACUUGUGGUCUAGAAUGUAUACAGUGUUAUUGUUUUCAUCUCAGAUACUGUAUGAUAGUUGAAGCUCAUAAACAAUGCAGGCUUUUUUCCUGACAUUUUGUGGCUUUGAGAUAAAAAUAAUAAACCACAGUCUUGUUGUGUGAUA